AUGGCAUCCAAGCCCACAAGCGGACUAUCCGGUCAAUCUCACCCAAGCACCACACCCACUCAGAGUCAGGACCAUCAUACCACCCAGAUCCCGAAACCAGACCAUCCUACCCAGACGAAGCACCACGUUGCGCACCUACCAACAAAUCACUACCAGAAUGCCAUAGCGGCGCAGGCAUCAGCUGGCCAGUCCAUCAACACCGUAGCUGCGCCGACGAAGGAUGACCAGAAGCGCGAGAGGCACGAGAACCUUCUCACCAGAGCCGCCACCGAGCAGAGUGCGGGCUAUCACUCCACUUCGCAUUGA